AUUUAAAUUUAUAAGAUUACUGUGGCGACGCGUGUUUAGCGAAUUACUGUGGAGACGCGUUUUAGUUGCGACUCGACUCGGCGCGCCUCAAUUUACGCGGGGUAGCGCGGCGCCGAGGCUCUUCGUCAUCAAGCGCAGUUUCAUAGUAAAUGUAUAGAAUGCAUAAGAUAAGACUGGCGUCGACUACAGUUGAAUGUGCACCUUGGACAAAGAUGUGCACCAAAGAAUAUAAUACGCACCAAAUGUACACUCAUCGCGGCGAAUAAUUUCGAUUCGAUUCGAUUUGCCUCGGCGAGCCUAGUCAACGCCAGUUAUCCUAAAAAAAAUCAAGUGGUUGACUUAUUUUCUUUGUUUCAAAUCUUGCAACAUUUGUGACGUUGACUCAUUGUCAAAUUACUUUUGUCAAAAAAUAUUUUUGAAUUGUGUUUACAAAAUAUAAUCGCGCAAACAUUCUUUAAGAUAUAAUGGAUAUUAUAGACACGCUAGAAAGUGGGGAACGAGUGACUAGUACAUACGCUGAAAAUUAUUUUGAUGACGAAUACAGCCCUUGUAAGAAUGGACUGGUAUCAACAGAUAGCGAAAAACGAGAAGACAGUAAGAAAUCAAAUACUAGUCCAAAUGGGUUCCGAGAAAACUGGAUAUCACCAAGUGAUUUACUUAUUGGAAUAAUAGAACUCACUCCACCAUUUACGUCUAAAAUAACUAGAGGAAUUACUCAUGAGGGUAUUAUAUCUAUCGGUAAUGGCAUGUUGGCAAAAGAACGUCAAAAAUUUGAAACUGAACUGAGACGGUUGCUUCGGGAUAAUGAUGCUUCAUGGAAUCAUAUUUUAUUGCAUGAGAAGCAGCAAGUCAAACUUAAAGUGAGGAAAUGUUUUAAAAAAAUAUUUGAAGAGAAAAGUAAGAUAAUGACUUCAGAAAUAGAACAUUUUUAUGAAAAAUGCCUUCUGGAACUAGAAAACCAUUUGCGUUCUGAAAUACAACAUGUCCUGGUUAGUGCUCAUGCAAAUAUAACCAGCGAUUUAAAUAUAGAAAUAAACAAGAGAUUAAAGGAAGAAAAGUGCGUCCUCGAGACAGUUUUAGAAAAACAAUACCGAUCAGAAAUAAAUAAGAUAACCAAAUACUAUAAAAUAAUGUCAGAUUAUGAAUUAAACAGAAAUGGCAAGAUUAUAUCAAAAGCGCUACAUGAAAGAAACGAUGCGUUGAAUGCUUUCUAUAAACAAAUUGAAGCUGAGACUAUGACCAGUACUAUGUAUGUGAUGAGUAUGGAAAGAAAGAAAUGUAAAAUAAAACAAUUUUUGCUUGAAAACUAUCAAAAUUCUGAAAUAAAAGAAAGGCUUGAAAAAAUUCAAGCAAAAGAAGAGAUUAUAGAUUCAUAUAAGCAAAGAGAACGGUUUAUAGCUGACAUCAACUUUGAAUGGAAAGAAAAAAUAAAAAAAAUCGUACAGUUAUUUUUGAAGUUCAUAAGUUUUAGUCUGAAAUUGCUACCUGAACAGACUACGUUUUUGCUAGACUUGGAAAAACUGUUUGUUUUGCAACUUAAUGAAAUUCAGAAACAUCCCCAAGUAGCACCACAGAUAUUAGUGGAAGUUGAAAAUAAUUUAAAUAAUAUUUUCCAUUUUAAUGAACCGAAUAUAACAUGUGAUAAGGAACCAUUCGAAGUGAUUGGUGAUACUUCGGAAUCCAUCCCAACACCUUACGGCAGCCGCGAAACCUUACCUUCGCACGUAGAACUUCCCGCUAUAACGGUUUUACUAGAGAAAAAGUUUGUUUAUGCCAAAUGCAACAAAUUUGAUGAAAUUAAAGCAUUGUUGGAAUCAUGCAAAUGUCUUGAAGAAAAAGCGUGUACAUGUUUUAGAAAUAAAGAAGAAGAAACGCCAUCGAACAUAUCCGUGUCUGAAUCUGCGUCUGUUUCCAGUGAAUUAUAUCAAGGAAGUCAAUCAAUCAAAAGUGAAUCUUCAAUUGAACUUAUGCAGGUAGACGAUAUCAAACGAAUGCAAGAUUGUCCGUAUAAAAAUUGUCGAGAUUGGACUAAACAAAUGACUCUUGAUAUAUCAAAUUUUGUUGAAUUCACUGAAGAAAAUUUUAAAGUAGUUCAAAAUAGAUAUACCUUUCCGCUUAAAGAGGCCAAAAGACCAAAAUUAACGAGUGCUAAAGAAAUUGCACACAAAAAACUGCCUUUUGUCGAGGGUUUAAAGCAGGGCACAAGUUAUCAUGAUGCGGUAACUCAGUGCUCUAGUGACGAAGACAUGCCAUUCGUCAAAAUAUUCGAAAAGGAUGUUCCGGAAUGUACUUGUGUGAAGAAGCAUAGUUCUCAGCAGUUAAAAGACUAUAAUGAAAAAGAAUCCAGGAGCAAACUGAUUAACGAGAUAAUGGUAAAGCGCAGAAUUUCUAUGCAACGUUUAUUGUUUAGUAACCCCAACUUACUGAAGAUGUUUACCGAUGAAAGUUUUGAUAUAAAGAUUUAAUAAGCUUUUUUUUACACACAGCUUUUCGGAUUUCUUUUCUUAAUUAACUAUAUUACAAGUGUAACAAAAAUAGUGGGGAUCCGUUUAAGGGCAUAUUCUGUAUCGUAUUCUGAUUAGGAAAAAGUAGAAGAAUUUUUAGAUUUUUUUGCUGUGGGGCAGAUUGUCCAAGUCGGCUAACCCUCCAUACAAAAGCCAAAAAUGUUUCGGGUCAAAACAUGUUUCCUCUACUUUUUCCUUAUAAGAACACGAUACCGAACAUGCUCUUAAACGGAUCCUCGCUAUUUUUGAUACACCUUGUAUGUAUUUUACUUUUAACAGUUACUCUACUAUUUAAAAAUAAAAAAAUAGGUACCUA